UGACUCCACGUGGCUGUUUUUAUCGACAUUUUUUCGGUGGUUCCUUUUACUCCCAAUGGCUUUCGUCGCACCGGCCAAGCUGCAUAUCACCGUUCCACUUCCGGCGCACGUUAGCCGUCGCCGCCGCACGUUCAAUGUUUCCGCCACUUUAUCAUCGCCGCCGCGGGGAAAUACAGUUGCGGUGGACUGGGUGAAGGAAACUGCGAGCUUCUUCGAUCAGGAUUCGCGACCCAUCAUGUUAUUCGACGGUGUUUGCAAUUUAUGUAAUGGAGGCGUGAAGUUUGUACGAGACAAUGAUCGACAAAGGAAUAUUAGAUUCGAAGCUCUACAAAGUGAAGCAGGCAUGAAACUGCUGCAAAGAUCCGGAAGAGCACCCGAUGAUAUUUCAAGUGUUGUUGUCGUUGAAAAAGACGGGUCUUAUAUCAAGUCAGAAGCUGUACUGAAAAUUAUGGAGUACAUAAAUUUACCUUUUCCUCAGCUGGCAUUCUUUCUGCAAUUUGUACCGUUAUUUGUACGGGAUGUUGUGUAUGAGAAUAUUGCAGAUAACAGAUACAAUAUGUUUGGCCGCUCAGAUUCUUGUGAAAUAUAGGAUAUUCUUGUUCUGUAUUCUUAUGAAGAAGAAGAAGAAGACGAACAAGUUGUUUCUGUUCUGUAAGUAGAACUAUUUAUGUAUAGAAUAAAUUAUACAGUGGUAAUUCUUCUUCACUUUUGUGUACUCGUCUUCUCACUUAGUUGUUUUUAUAUAUAACUUAUUGCACAUUAUACUUGGAGCCAGCACAAUAAUUGAACUUCAUUACUUCAGAACGGAGAAAUAGAUGUUGAAAAAAUAAAUUCAAA